GUUAGCAAUCCUACAGCCACUAACCACCAUUUAACUUCUCAUUCCAUUCUUAGACAACUCAUCUCUCUCUCUCUCAAUCAAAUGCUGUAUGCAGAUUGAAGUGAUGGGUAUCAAAGUUUUCUUGAUAUCUUUCAUGGUAACUUCUCUCAUAUUCUCUCUCCUCUACAUUCCAACCAAAGUAACAAGACCCUUCACCAUAAUCAGGCCAAGUACCACUUUCCUCGUUCCAAAAUCUAGCAAGCCAUAUCCAGUCACCUUUGCCUACUUGAUCUCAGCAUCCACAGGCGAUUCUGCGAAGCUAAAACGGGUGCUUCGUGCACUGUACCAUCCAGGGAAUUACUACUUGAUUCACAUGGACUAUGGUGCCCCAGAGACUGAGCAUAAGGAGAUAGCAGAUUUUGUGACCAGUGAGCCAGUUUUUGCUCAAAUUGGUAAUGUUUGGAUUGUUGGGAAGCCUAAUUUGGUCACCUACAGAGGUCCAACCAUGCUUGCUACCACUCUCCAUGCAAUUUCUAUGCUUUUGAGGAUUGCCACAUGGGAUUGGUUCAUCAAUCUCAGUGCCUCUGACUAUCCCCUAGUAACACAAGAUGAUCUAAUACAUGCCUUCUCUGAUUUGCCGAGAGAUCUAAAUUUUAUACAGCACAGCAGUCACUUGGGUUGGAAGCUAACUAAGAGAGGAAGGCCAAUCAUAAUAGAUCCUGGGCUUCAUAGCCUUAAUAAGUCAGAGAUCUGGUGGGUUAUCAAACAGAGAAGUCUUCCAACAGCUUUCAAGCUUUACACAGGUUUUCCUUCUACUUUUUCUUUUUGUCUGUGGACUGUAUGGUUUAGAAAUUACUUUGGCAUCUAAAUGGGCCAUAUCUUCCAUGAU